GGAAGUCAAGAGUGUUCUGACUGCACACUAAAAUGGAGAGCAGGUCCUCAGUUGUGAUGUUUCUCCUACUGAUGUGCUCCAUCCACAGCAGCUGUCCAUUUGCGUAUUCAGUGUUCAUGAGGAAGGACGAAGCACACGAGGUGCUCAAAGUCCACAAACGCGCCAACUAUUUUCUAGAAGAGAUUCGUCCGGGGAACCUGGAGAGAGAAUGCAACGAGGAGAAGUGUUCCUUUGAGGAGGCCAAGGAGAUCUUCCACUCACAGGAGAAAACGAUGGAGUUCUGGUUCAAUUACAAAGGUUUAAAUCCAUGUAAUACAAACCCCUGUAACAACGGCGGAGUCUGCAAAAUAAGACACUACAAUUACUUUUGCAUCUGCCCCCCAAAAUUUGGAGGAGACAACUGUGAAAAAGAGAAGUUUGAGUGUUGGUACAAGAACGGUGGGUGCUGGCAGUACUGCAGGGACAGCAGCAGCGCCUUUCACGUGGUGUGUUCCUGUGCAAAGGAUUACACCCUGCACGAGGACGGGAAGAGAUGCGUGCAAGCAGCACCGUUUCCAUGUGGCCUGAUUAAAGCCAGGCAGGCUCUGGAGGAAGAGCAACUGGGGCCAGAGAGGUUCCCGAGGGGCCUGCAUGAGCACGGGGACAAUGAGGCCAAGAGGAAUGAGAGCACAGAGGGCACAGUCAGGCAGAUGGAGCUGAACCAAAGCGCUGCUGGGGAAAAUGAGACCUUAAGGGAUGACUUUGGGCAGAGCACACACGUGGAGGGUGACACGGGACAAGCGGUGGCAGGGAACAAAACCCUGGUGGACUCUGUGAUGCAGACGCCGCUGGGGGCAGGUGUCCCUGCACACAGUGAGGUGGGGGGAGGCACUGCCAGGCCUGGUGAGCCCAGGAGAGGCCCGACUCCAUGGCAUGAGCCCACCCAGGACCCUCUGUGGCAGGAGGAGACCAUGGAGCCUGCUGCCAGGCAGGAAGAAGUGGUGGAAAAUGCCAUCCAAACAGCAGGGGCCAGGCUUCGUCAGAGCAGUGACCGGGGACGUGUUUCAGAUACACCUUGGUUUGUCCAGCUAAAUGUCAGCUCUACUUUACAGCACAAUGGCUCCAGGAUAACAGGAGGAACUUUGUGUCAUCGUGGACACUGCCCCUGGCAGGUUUUAAUCCGGAAUAGCAAAGACAUUGGUUUCUGUGGAGGGAGUUUAAUCGGCAGACGCUGGGUGGUCACUGCUGCUCACUGCCUUGAUCUCGUCAGGCCACACCAUGUCACCGUAGGAGACUUUGACAAGUAUCAAAGAGAAUUUAAAGAACAGAAGAUUCAUGUGGAACGGAGCUGGACCCAUCCACAUUAUGAUUCAAAUGACUACAACAGCGACAUCGCCUUGUUGUACCUGAGCCGUGCCGUUGUUUUUAAUGAGUAUGCAAUUCCCAUCUGCCUUCCAAGCCCCAGCCUUGCCACCCUGCUAUCCGAAGAAGGAAGAAUAGGGAUGGUAAGUGGCUGGGGUGCUACUCACGACAGAGGUUCAACUCUGCGCUUCCUCAUGAAAGUCCGUCUGCCCAUAGUGAACAUGGAGACCUGCCAGCGGUCAAUGGACAGGCUCGUUACUGACAACAUGUUCUGUGCAGGGCACCACACCGAGGUGGCAGAUGCCUGCAAAGGGGACAGCGGUGGCCCUUUCACUGUGUCUCACCACAACACCUGGUUUCUCUUGGGGAUUGUGAGCUGGGGAGAGGGCUGUGCUGAAAAAGGGAAAUACGGUGUGUAUACCAGAGUGUCCAACUACAUCCCCUGGAUCAAAGAGAUUGUUGAGAGCGUAGCAGAUUCUGAAAACUUUUCCAUUAACUUUUCUUAG